UCGUGAUAAAAGGCGGACUGAUCUUUACUGAUUACGGCCAACGUAGACAGAAGGGACGUGAAGGAAGUGCCCAGGAUAUGACGAUAGUGUAACACAGUACAUGGCCGAAUGCAGGUGAUAAAAGUCUAUCGUGUCACGCAGAAAAUGAAUGUAAUUCUCACGCUGCUUGUUGUUCUCUGCUGGACGACAACCAAUUGCCGAGUCAGUGCAUCUAAUUGCGUAACUGAUGACGGUUUCUGUGCAUGGACAGCGCCCACCUUUUGCAACAAUCCGGGAUCUUACUGUGCAAAUGGAACGGACUGCUUGGUUGUGACGAAAUCCAUCAGUUAUUGGCUAGAGUCAUCAACCAGCUACAAUCGACAGUUCCAGUGUCGAAAUCCCUUGGUCGCAGCAGACGACAGCCAACCUUAUGAAUACGAAACCACUUGGAGCUGUGAGUUGCACGAUCCUGUGGACGCAACUGUGACGAUUCCGCUCAUGGGCAACAGCACCAAAUCUUUGAGUAUUCGGUAUGCCGAGAUGUGGAGCUGCCCCAUUGGCGAUAAUGCUGUCAUCCAAUGCCCGUCGGGAAGAUCGAGACUUGGCACGGAAUAUGGAUGCAAGAGUGUUGCUCAGCUGCUCCCAAAUGUUUUCGCACUCGUGCGAUUCUGGUGUCAGUUUAAAACUUCAGAUUGCCAAUUUGAUUCGUCACUCAUCAUGUCCCACGUUGGCCAAUCAAACGUGACUCUUGCGCUACCAGAGUACUACGUCUUUGAAUAUGAAAGCGUAUCGAUCGACAGGCAAACCUUCGUGUGCAACCCUUCUACUCAAUCGGUUUUAGUACAGGAUUCUUGUUACAGGUUAACACCAGCAAACCUCGAAUGGAAAGAGGCACGAUCGUAUUGUCUUCAACUGGGUGGGGAUUUAGCUCAGUUUACGAGCUCUAUCGACUUUGCAUCCAUCUUCCGUAGCUUGGACAAUUCCAUUCCGCCGAACAUCACAGCCUCCUCAGCUAUUCCUACCUGGUUCAAAUAUUAUACAUGGACCAACGAACAGCGAACACCACAGCAUUUUGAACAGUACCUGGACGGAUUUCAAUGCGCCGUGUACGAGGUCCAGCCUGGCAUUGGACCUAAUCCGCAUUCGAGAUGUAAAACCGGUACAAGAACGAAGAAAGUUCGUGCCUUGUGUGUACUACCUCCGGGACUGCCAGAUGAUGAUUUCAAUUAUGAACAAAUGUCCUGCCCGGUUAAAUGCGGUGUCUCUGGGUAUCCAUCGAACGUUUGCUGGGAAGCAGAUGCCGAUGCAAAAGUGUAUAAAGAUUGUCCCAACGGGUUAACAGGGAUCGCUAGCUGGACGUGUAAUCUUGCUGGACAGUGGAUUACCCCAACUCCUGAUCUAAGCAAUUGCACAAACAUUGCGAUUCAAAAUUCUAUCAAUCAAGCAAACUAUGAGAUUGAAUAUGGUGGCAAUCCCAGCCAGGCAUUGGAUAGCCUCUCUAGUGUACUUAAACAGAACGAGUUGGGUUCGGGCGACAUUAUCCAAUUGGACCAAACAGUGCGUUUAGCCAUCGACAAACAAACCCAGCUGUUGGCUGCAAAUUCAGAUCCGAAUUCGAAAGACAUCAGCAGCAAAAAUUUUACCAGUUCCGUCACUGAUGUGAAUAAUGUGUUGCUGGGAAAUGAAUUGGCAUUCUGGGGUUUGGAAUCAAACGCCCGUAGCGAGGCUAUCGAUGCCGUACAAAAGAACAUGGACGACACGUUAUUCCUCUUGGCUGACAAUCUUCUUGAUAAAAUAUACAAAAAUUAUAAUUAUGAAAACAUCGCCAUACAGGUGGAAAACAAACCAAAAUCGGACUACAACAACGAAAGUUAUGCUUACGUGGCAGGAGGUAAAGACCAAUUGAUCCUACCUGCAGGAUUUCCUUAUGCGACCGGCGAUCCAAAGAUUCGUCUUUCGUUCGCAACGUAUCCCGCUUUUCAAAAUCUUCUCCAUGGCGACACACUAGCCCAAUUGUUUGAGGAAAAUCGAACCAAUUCCGAGCCAAUAAAGCAAGUUGUGGUAUCGAAGGUGAUGGGCGCUACGCUGGGCGAACCGAACGGACACAUCCACUUCGCUGAUGGCAAUGUAGAAAUUUUACUCAGCACACUAAACCUCAAUCUCUAUGAAGUCAAUCGGACAAGCGCGAGGUGUGCGUAUUGGAACGUGUUCACGCAAGAUUGGUCGUUUGAUGGAUGCGAAGUGGUAGAUACUAAUGACAAAUCGAGCACUCGAUGCAGAUGUAACCAUUUGACUAACUUCGCUGUUGUCAUGGACAUCAACGGCGUCUUUCAGAAUAAGACUGUACCUGCCCUAGAUUACAUCACUAUCAUUGGUGAAAGCAUUUCCAUUGCUUGCCUGACAUUGGCUUUAAUUGUAUUCUACUGGGUGCGAACCCUACGUCGAGAUUUCCGUUUCAUGGUUCAUCGCAACUUGUGCAUUAACCUGUUGAUUGCCGAGAUUCUCUUGCUGGCUGGAAUUGACGCUACAUCCAAUCGGGAUGUCUGUUUAGCCAUCGGUGUUUUCCUGCAUCUAUUUUUCCUGUGCGCUUUCAGCUGGAUGUUUGUCGAGGGCCUCUACAUGUACUUUCUCAUCACCAAGGUCUUUGACAGAAGCGGCUUAAAACAUUGGCAAUAUUACGCCAUCGGUUAUGGAUUUCCCGUCUUAGUAGUGGCAAUCACUCUGGCAGCAACUAAUACUCAGGCUUACUCUAAUUCUACAUAUUGCUGGCUUAGUUAUGAAAAUGGAGCGAUAUGGGCCUUUGCAGGACCCGUGGCUGCUAUCUUGUUGAUGAAUCUAGCCUUUUUGAUGAUAGCUCUCUCAGUCAGUUUUAAAUCAAGACGUAACUUUGACGAAAAGAAAGAGAAGAAGCACAAUUUUCGAUGGAUUUUUGGCACCAUCUCAUUGACUUUUAUUCUGGGCAUCACUUGGUUCUUUGGCUUUCUGUUUUUUGGCCAAGGUAGCAUAAUAUUUGCCUACAUCUUCACCAUCUUGAAUUCUCUGCAAGGAUUGUUCAUCUUCAUCACGUUCUGUGUCCUCAACAACAAAGUCCGCAAAGAUUUACAGAGGCAAUUCAUCACUAGCCAGAGGCUCCAACGAGUGGCACUUUACUUUAACAUUACAUUAAGCGACUUGCACACAAUUCCAUCGCAGAACAAAACGGGCACAUACGACGUACGCCAGAAACACACAGUUACAGCGACGGUCAGCCUUGAAUCGAGUCAGUUUUCGCAAAAACUGUCUUAAGGUCGGGAUCGAUGGUGUUAUGUUUUUUCAUGUGCUGCCCAUUAUUCAGUAUACGCAUAGUACAUUUACACAGGAUUUUCAUCAUUAUUAUUAUUAUUUUCCGUUUCAUUUGUAUGGC